AGACGUGAAAUAAAGAAGAGAAUAAAAGUAAAAUAAGAACCGCGCCACAACUUCAGAAGUGGGAUACGCAAUCCAAAGCUACUUUAAAAACGCCUACAGUUAUUCAAAUUUUAAUCAAAGUCAGUAUGAACCCCGCUGCCAUUGAGAAGCAGCAGCUUUUGAACUGGAUGGACGGGCAAGGAAUUGCGCACUCGAGCAAUGCAACUUUGCGGCAGCUGCAGAAACUCGCGUACGAGAAUGGUUAUGUCCCUGAUCGUCCAACCAGCCCUGUAGUUCAGACCAAAUUUAACGCUUCAUCCGACAACGACCCUGACAUUCCGGCCGACCCUAAUUUGGAAAACGACGCCGACACGCUGACGCCGGUGGUCGGCAAGGCACGCAUACCAGAAGAAGAAGAGUUAGAUGCCGCCAUUAGAAUAUUACAAAAAAGGGCUUUGCUCACAAAACUAAUGGCGGAGAGCAGCAGCGUCAAAGAAGUGAUCCGUGCAAUGGUCCCAUUCUCGAAUCCGAGGGACCAAGACGCUGGAUUGUGGAUUAUGAAAUUAGAGCGUGCUUGUUCUGCUGUUGAUGAAAGUGACGCCUACAAGCUACGAUGCGCACGCUUAUUAAUGGCACCAAAUUCAGAGGCAGACACAUUUAUGCGGCUUGACACUUCAGAAAAUUAUGAUCAAUUUAAAACCAACUUUCUGAAAACAUUUGACAAGGCAUGUUCGACAACCGAAUUAGUGAUGCAACUUCAGAAAACUUUCUACAUUCCGGCAAAAACAUCCGUUAUGGGGUACAUUUUGCAGAUGCAAGAGUUGGCGUUGCGUGCAAGUGUAUGUGAGAUUGAAGCAGUCCACUUUAUCAUCGACGGUUUCCGUGACACGUCGCCAGCCUUUGCCUUGCUGUAUGGAGCGAAGACCUUCAAUGAGCUUAAGGAAUUAUCUCAUCGAUAUGCAGACUUAAGAGCAAAAAACAAACCAAAGUGGAACUCAUCGACUAUCUCUUCAGCUUUAACUUCAGCUUCAGCACAAUCUUCAUUAACAUCGAAUGGUGAGAUGCGAUGCUACAAUUGUUCGUUGUUUGGACACUACGCUUCAGAUUGCAAGGCUCCCAAACGUGCGAAGGGGUCCUGCAUCCGUUGCGGCUCUCUCAGCCACACUAUAAAGACGUGUCCGGAGCAAAAGUACACCAAAUCAGCAAUGGAACCGAAAACUCCCAGAUAUGAAGACAGCGACGAAUACCCAUUUGUUCCGAUAUUUGACCAGCGCCGUUAAUAUUGUGAGAGCUUCAACAUUACGAUUCCAAAACAUCAAAAAAUACACUCUUUUACCAUCAAACCUACGUAGCGUCAACGGCUCACAUCUUUUCACUUACGGAAAAAUUUAAUUACACGUAACCUAUCAUGACAUUGAAAAUAUGAUUUUGUUUUACAUUAUGCCAGAUGAAUACAUGUCAGAAGAUUUGCUAUUGGGUAGACCUUUUUUGAAGAAGUAUAAGUUAAAAUUAUCAUUUUAUGAACAUCAUAAGCCCGAGACAAAUAAAAUUGAAAAUUUAAGUUUCAAAUUAAGUGAGAAAAAAACCAUUUCGCCCA